CUUACUUUUCCUGAUUGCCUGAUUACCCGCUUGUUUAUUUUUCUCUUUUUACAGCCUUGUUUUAAAUGUCGGACAAAGAGCAAAGCCCGUCGCCGUCUGCCACUAGCGAGUCCCAGCAGCAGCAGCAGCCGGAGGAGGUGGCCGUCGAAUCGGCUCCCGAACCAAUCGAUAAUGUUGAGCAACACAGCCAGCCAACUGAGCAACCUGCCGAGCCAGCUGAGCAACCCGGUGAGCGCGAGCGCGAGCCCGAGCCUGUGAUUCCCCGGACAGAAGCCCCCACUGGCGUCGAAAUGAACGACGCGCUCGCUAAAGCACGCGCCAUUGCCCUGAAGCUGGGAUCCAUCAGCCAGCCUCCUCUCCCUUCCUUUGCCCCCAGCCAACCGGAUCCGCCUGCCGACGCGCAUCCCACCGAAGAUCUCGACCGGCGGAAUUCGCCGCCACGCAAGCGCUCCUACGACAGUUUCCGCCGCAGCGCCUCUCCCUCGGACCAGCCCGAAGCCCCGCGCGGCUACAAGCGCGACCGGUCGUCCGACCGGACGAUGCGCCCGCAGCGCCAACGCCGCUACGAGGACGCGCUGGAGUUUACUGUUCCGGCGCGCUAUGUCGGCCUGGUGAUUGGCAGGAAGGGCGAGAAUCUGCGGCAUAUCGAGCAGCAGCAUGGCGUGCGCGUGCAGGUCAACGCCGAUGCGGAUAAGCGCGACCCCGAGCGCCGCAUCAUCAUCGAGGGCCCGCCCGACUGCUGCCAGGCCGCCAAGCAGGCUGUGCUGGAUACGAUUGAACGACACGUGGCAAGCAAGGAGCAGCAGCAGCGGCGGCAGCCACCGCCGCAGCACUUCGAGCUGCAGGAGGAGACCGUCACGGUGAUGGUGCCCAGUGCGCGCGUCGGCCUGAUCAUCGGCAAGGGCGGCGAGAGCAUCCGCAACUAUCCAGGCGAUGUGCAGCAGGACGCCGACCGCAAUGCUCCCGAGCGGCCGGUCCACUUGAUCGGCACGCCGGAGCAGAUCGAGAUUGCGCAGGCCCGGAUCAUGGAGAUUGUCGGUGGCGAGCAGGGCAGCUACCGCGGCUUCCCGCAGCAGGACGCCGGCUAUGGCAACCGUGGAUAUGCGCCGCCGCCGCCGCAGGAGCAGCGCUUCCAGCCGCCGCCAACGACCGAAAACAUGGAGGUGCCGGCAGAGGCCGUUGGUAUUGUGAUUGGCCGUGGCGGCGAGACUAUAAAGUACUUGCAGCAGGCGUCGGGCGCCCGCAUCCAGAUCAUCCAGGGCCAGGACCGCAGCGCGCCGUUCAAGCCUGUCACUAUCAGCGGCAGUCCCGGCGCCUGCCAGCGCGCGCGCCAGAUGAUCGAGGAGAAGGUCGCCAGUGUCCAGGACCGCCAGGGCAGUGGCGAUGCAUUUGGCCGCAACAGCGGCGGCUACGGCGGCUAUCAGCAGCCGCCUCAGACACAGCCGCCUCCCCAGCAGCAGCAGCAGCAACAGCAGCAGCAGCAGCAGCAGCAAUACGGCGGGUACCAGCAGCAGCAGUGGGGCAAUUCCCAGCAGUACUAUGGUGCACAGCAGCAGCCCCAGCAGCAGCCGUACGGCGGAUACCAGCAGCCUGCAUACCAGCCCGCCCAGCAGCAGCAGCAGCAGCCGGCAGAGCAGCAGCCGGCUGCGCAGAGCGGCCAGUGGACGAACCAGCAGACCGCUGAUUACUACGCCCAGUAUGCGUCGCAGUACCCAGAGUAUGCCCAGUACGCCCAGUACUACCGCCAGCUGGCGGAGAAGGACCCGAAUGGCAUUGUGCCGAACUCGUAUGCCGGCCAGGGCGCCCAGCCAUGACAAGGAUUUACUAGCAGCUUAUCUUCUUUUUCUGUUGCUGGAUGAGGAUCGUCUUUCGGGCCAUCCCCCUCUAAUAUGUCUGAACCAAAAAAUUAUAUGACGG